AUGAAGAAGGCGCUGCUGGUACUACCAUUAUUCAUUAAACUGCUAGCUUGCAUAUUCUUCCUACCGUGUUGUGAAAAUGUGGAGGCAAAAAAUGUGAAGGUAGAUCUGGAUGGGAAGGUGUACACCAUUCUGUACGAACCAAAGAAGGUUAAGUUCUCAGACUUGGAUCCUCUUAAAAUAAUGUACCACUCAAACCAUGUAAAGCAUUGCGGCAAUGCAUUAAUCCGUUAUUUAACCAAAAUGACAUCAAGGGAUUUGAAUAAAAUGGAUUAUGUAGUGAGGCAUGUUGAUAUAUCUUACGAUAAACCACUAAAAUAUGAUAACAGUUACAAAAUAAUAGGAGGGAUAACUUCCUAUGGGAAUACCUCCUUAAGGAUAACUCUAUUUGGUACAAGUUCAAGCAGUAGGAAUGCAGGUAGCAGUUACUUGGGCGUUAAGAAUAUUUUGCGAAAUUGGACAUGUGCCCAUUUGGACGAGGCGGCUAAUCGUAAGGGGGUCCAUGAAGAGGCGUCCAUCUCAAGGGCACAGAACCAAGGGGAAUUCAAAAGUGAACAGAGCGAGGUACCUACAAGAGGGGAUCCAAAAAAAGAGACCGCCACAAGUGAUUUCCAUGUAGGGAAGCUUCUUGCAGAAUACAAAGAAGAUGAUGCCAAUGCAGUUAUCAAGCUAUGUAGGAAUAAAAUGAACGAAAUAGCAUCUCAUAAAAAUUGUAUAAAUUAUUUUACUGCUCAUUAUACUCUAGUUCGUGUAAAUAAACAAGAAACUAAAGAACCCAUUCAGGAAAAAUUUAAAAAUGAGUUUCCGCCAAUUGAAGUUGAAAAAUUGAUGGAGUUAGUCAACGUAUUUUCCUAG